GAACAAAGUUUGAGUUCACCACACAACUCGCAAAACCUCUCUUCUCUAUUUUCCUCUUUUCUCUGUAAAUUUUGAGGGACCACAAAAAUGGGCGCCGAAGCUACUCCGGCGGCUGAGAUUUCACCGGAGAUGGUGGAGCAAGCUGAGGCCUUACUUGAGGCUGCUAGAUACGAUGAUCUUGAGGAUCUAAAAGGGCUAGCAUCUGGUGGAGUCUCUCUUGAUGCUAAAGAUUCUCAAGGGCGAACAGCUCUUCAUAUGGCAGCGGCCAAUGGUAACCAUGGCAUUGUCGAAUACCUCAUAAGUAAAGGUGUGGAUCUAAAUGCUUUGAACGAUGAGAAGAACACACCUCUUCAUUGGGCUUGUUUGAAUGGCCAUAUCGAGGUGGUUAAAACUUUGAUUUUGGCUGGAGCAAAUGUCUCAACCCUCAACAGCCACGAGAGGACACCGAUAGACGAGGCACUGAGUAAAGGGAAGAUGGACAUGUUGGACGCGAUCAAUGCAGCCGUUGCUCAAUUAGAGCUUGCUGGAGCAAACGUCUCGUGAGUCGUGAGAAAGGACCAUUUUAGUUAGUCAUCAACAAAGUUCCGAAAAGAUUAAAAACGUCGAAUGUACUGAAAAACCCUUUUGUCUAUUAGGGUUUUGAGCAGAAGUUAUGUAUGUUUUACUAGAUGCCAUUUUUCCUCACUCUUGUUUGAGGUUGUAUGAGUCACUUUCUAGGGUAUCUUCCCUAGUUUUAUUUGGCACUCUAGCAACUAGGCCUAGCAAGGGCGAAAUCGUCUUUUUAUGUAAACCUCGGCUUUAUGUGUUUUGGCUUUUUAGGGUUCAAAUGCGAACUAGAUUGUGAUGA